AUGCGCCGUUCGAAUUCAUGUGACACGUCACCCGUCUUUCUCGGUCUGGUGUACGUGAGUCAUAAUGCGAGCGGAGGAAGAAGCAGCGGGGAAGGAAUCUUCUACGAAUCUACUGGGAUGCGUGGACAGUCCAGUGUGAGAGAAGUGGACGUCGCCACAGGGAAGGUUCUCAAGAAGGUGCCUCAGAGCGCUCCGGUGUUCAGUGAAGGGCUCGCACUCAUCAACGACAGGCUGUUUCAGUUAGCGUGGCAGGUGAAAACGGGAACGAUAUACAACCGCAAAAGUUUGCAAAAGAUAGACCCCCGCUCACACACCUCCUUCACCCACCGCUCUCAUGCGGCUCCUUCCAGGCAGCUUCCGCCACCAGAUGACGGACGCGCUGCACAAGGUGAAGGUGACGGAUGGCGGCACACCUAUAGUGCGGAUCAACGAGUUGGAAGUGCGGUGAUGAUGAUGGGAGCAGCUCGAUGGUGGGGAGCAGCCCCACCCCCACUGCCCCCCCGCCUGUCCUGCCUCCAACCGCUCCCGUUUGCCUUUCUCCCCCUCAACCCCCCACCCAUCUCAGCGCUGCACAAGGUGAAGGUGACGGAUGGCGGCACACCUAUAGCGUGGAUCAAUGAGCUUGAAGUGCGGGGCGGGCGUAUCUAUGCCAACGUGUGGCAGACGGAUUGCAUCGCGGUGAUCGACCCGCUGUCAGGGCGAGUGGCGGCCUGGAUGGACCUGCAGCGCCUGCGGGCGAGUGGCGGCCUGGAUGGACCUGCAGCGCCUGCGGUCGAGUGUCAAGUGAAUGGUGUCAGGGCCAGUGGCGGCCUGGAUGGACCUGCAGCGCCUGCGGUUAGUGCUGUGCUGGUUGGGCGAGUGGCGGCCUGGAUGGACCUGCAGCGCCUGUGGGCGCUAGCAGCAGCCCAAGUGAAGCCCAACCAGGAGUUUGAUGUGCUGAACGGCAUUGCAUGGGAUGCACAACAGAGGCGCCUCUUUGUCGACGCAAAAGUCACCUCACAACAGAGGCGCCUCUUUGUCACGGGGAAAUACUGGCCUCGGGUGUUCCAGAUCGCUCCCAAGACCCUCACAAGAUCAACUGCUGAUGACGUGGCAGCCAUUCGGCUGAGCCACGUGGUGGUGCUCAAGAGCUUCGCCAUGAAGCCGAUGCCAGGUGUCAGGCUCACAUUGGUCACUCGGGACGUGCACACGCCUUACAGCGGCAUGCUGCCAGGCCUCGUGGCCGGCCACUACACGUACGACGACUGUCACAUCGACCUGCGCCCCUUGGCCCAACUCACCAACGCUCGCCUGCUGCACUGCUGCGCCUCUGGCAUUGACCUGGAUCAACGUGCUGUGGUGCUGGCGGAUGGGCGCCCCCCCCAUUCGCUACGACUGCCAGGAGCAAAGGAGCUCACCCUCCCAGUGAAGCCCAUCGACUCCUUCACCCACCGCUGGGAGGCUCUGCGGUCACGCAUCCUCUCCCUCGCCCCUGGCUCUAGUGUCCGUGUGGUGGUGGUGGGAGGGGGCGCAGGAGGGGUGGAGCUGCUUCUGGCCAUGCAGCACCGACUGCAGCAGGACUGCCUGGUUCUCGAUGCUGCAGUGGUGGCAGUGAGACAACGAGGAGUGGAGAGCGGUGGAGAGGGAGGGGAUAGAGAGGGAGCGGUGGAUGGGGCGGAAGGGGAGGUCGGCAGGGGAAGCAGCAGCGGGGCGGGUGGAGGGGAAAAGAGAGAGUCGGCGGUGCAAGGAGGGGUGCUGGUCUUGGAAGGGGGAGAGGAGGUGGAGUUUGACGAGUGUGUGUGGUGCACACAGGUGGGUGUGCUAGUGUGCGUGAGUGAGCAAGAGGGCCUAGCUCUCGACAGCAACGGCUUCAUCCGAGUGGGGGACACACUAGAGUCGAUCAGCCAUAGAGGGGUGUUCGCCGCAGGGGAUAUCCACUCGUCAAUUGCCCAUAUCCCCCCACCUCCCGCCUGCCCCAUCUCCUGCCAAACCCCCCCAACCUCCUACGUAACACCCCUGCUUCCCAGGGAGGAGCAGCCUCCUGGCUUGGCCAAACGGGACCGCAUAGACCGGGCGUUCAUGCAGCAGUUCAACCAACUACCUGCCAUGCCGUCACCUCCUCUCCCCACCAUCCCCGUCGCACACACGGCCGGGCCUGAAGCGCUCCUGGCACUCAAAAGCAUGCCCAUGCGGUGUGGGGGGUGUGGCUCCAAGGUCGGCCUUCCCUUCUCUCCCGCGUCCUCACUCGUCUCGCAGCUCUCCCCAGCCGCCCGCCUGGCCACCCGGAAAUCCUCCUGGGGCUUGACUCACCUGAUGAUGCCGCUGUGCUGGCGAUUCCACCUGAGGGAAAGGGCGGCUGUCAGAGCCCAGUGUUGGUGCAAACGGUCGACUUCUUCCGCUCCUUCCUCUCCGAUCCGCACACCUGUGCCCACAUACCUGCCACUGCCGCCCUCCCUGCCACAACAAGCCAUAUGCUUUCCCUCUGUCUCCCUUCUCCCCCUGUCUGAGCAACCAGAACCCAGUGGUGGUGCAAACGGUCGACUUCUUCCGCUCCUUCCUCUCCGAUCCGCACACCUUUGGUCGAAUCGCUGCUCUCCACGCUCUCACAAAUUGCAUGCUUCCCCUUUUUCUUUCAUCUCUCCCUCGCUCUCCCACCAGAGCCCAGUGUUGGUGCAAACGGUCGACUUCUUCCGCUCCUUCCUCUCCGAUCCGCACACCUUCGGCCGCAUUGCCGCCCUACAUGCUCUCAGUGACUGCUUCGCCAUGGGUGCUGACCCCGUCUCAGCGCUCGCUAUAGUCACACUGCCCUAUGGUACCGAGGAGAAGAUGGAGGAGGAGAUUUUCCAGCUCAUGCCAGGGGCCAUCUGCGAAUCAAAAGCGCCCCUUUUGCUCUCCCUUCUCCCUCCCCCUUCCCUCCACUUCUCCCCCUUCCUUGUCCGACUCAUCCAUCUCCCCCUUCACUCCCACUCCCCCACUUCUCCUUUCCACUCUCAUCAGAUGGAGGAGGAGCUUUUCCAGGUCAUGGCAGGGGCCAUCCGCGAAUUGGAUGCUGCCACGUGUCAGCUGGUGGGAGGGCACACUGUGGAGGGUGCUGAGCUGUCGCUGGGGUUUGCUGUCACGGGAUUGGCUGACAGAGACCGGCUGCUGAGAAAGGCGGGCAUGCAUGAGGGAGAUGCCAUCAUUCUCACCAAGCCCAUCGGCACGGGAGUCAUCUUUGCAGCCAACAUGCGAUGCAAGGCCAAGGGACGGUGGGUGGAUGGGGCGAUCGAUAGCAUGCUGGUGUCUAAUCAGGACGGUGCACGGCAGUGUGUGGAGGAUGGCAUUUUCAGCUCGCUGCAGGAUUCGAACCUGCGCCUGAGACGAGCAAUCACCAACUACGAGGAGGCAUCCGCCCAUCUGCUCACUCUGCUCCUCUUCGACCCGCAAACAGCCGGAGGGCUGCUCUUUUCUUUCCAUCCCUAA